GUUCGUUCCCAUUGGCUGAGGAGUAGGUAAUCUGAUCAAAGGUCGCGGGAAGCCCUGCACCACGCGCGUGACAGGAGCUUCAUUAAAACAAUUUUUGUAAACAUAGCUAGUGAAAAUACACUUUUAUAGUUUGUAAUGUUUUAAAAUAGCUGAUUCAUUUUAUUGCGAGUUUACGGGGUUAUUUUUUGUGGUUACUGGUUUCUGGACGAGGAGUUGCUGUGCGGCGCAGCCAUUUUCCGGUUAACUUGUAACGUUAGCUAUUAGGAGUGGUAACGGCGUCAAGCUAGACGUAUAUUAACGAACGUAGCUAGCUACACGUCUUCUGAGCCCUCUUGCUAUUUAUUAUGUUAAAUUUUGCCACCCGUCAACUCAAGAGAACGUUAACGUGUUCGCGGAAUGUAGGGUUUAGGAGAUCUCUGAGCAAGUUGGUUUACUUUUUGCCGUACUUCUCGUUUGCUACAGUAGCUUGCUAGCUAACGUCAACUUUGCUGUGUUGCUAGCCGACGUCGUUCUUGACUUUUCUGGUGUACAGUGACUCUUGAUAUUACAAGCUAGUAGCUAAUUAUCGUAUGGUGAUAAAUACUGCUGGAUAGCUAAUUUAGCUAGCUAACGUUAGUUGUAUAGUAAUUUACGUGGAUUAGCUAACAGUUGAGUUGGUUUCAAUUUUAGUUGGCUAACUAUAAACAACCACAUUUUAAGAAGAAAGUGAUAGCCAGGGUUUAAAUGAAAAAUGCAGAGUUACAGUUGCAGUCGUCGACAUGGAAGUUUAUCUCCCAACGCCCGACCAAUACGUCAAAAGUUACAGUUUGCACCGAGCGAUGAAGGAGACGAACCGAUUGAGGACGGCAACAACAGCACAGGAGCCGAAUCGGCUUUUGCAGAAAUGGACUCUGCAGUGCAUCAGCGACGGGACAGUGUCGAUAAACGACUCGAGGACAACAGCCCUCUGAAUCGGAUUGAGGAUGAUGUGGAACGGUGCCGGUGGAGCGAAGGAUUCAGUUAUCCGGUUCACCUUCAGUCCCUCAGUAGCGUUAUUUUCACGAAGGGCUCCCCAGCGUCUCCACGGAAAAGCUCUCAGGCGUACGGGAGUUCACCGGAGCGGACAUACAUUCAGGACGACGAGGACUGCUCGACCUCACCUAUUACAGACUGCCCCGACACACCUCCACAUAAAACCGUUAAAAAACUACGCCUUUUUGAUACUCCACACACACCAAAGAGUUUGCUGAACAAAGCUAGAACUGCCAUCUCAGUGUCCUCAAGUAGAAGAGUGGCCCUCUUCGGGAUUGUGGAAUCCACAGGAAAAUCUGAUCCGGACAGCAGGAGAAGCCAGACCCCUUUGGUCAACAUCAACCCCUUCACCCCUGAAUCCCUCCUCAUCCAGUCUGCCACUCAACAGAGGAACAACAGAAAGAGGGCACACUGUAACGACUCCUGUGGUGAGGACAUGGAGGCGAGUGAUGCUGAAACAGAGGAAGAAGUCAUUCCUCCACCAAAGAGAAUCACCAUGAUGGAGAGCAACAUGAAGUCCAGAUACGCCUCAGAGUUCCACGAGCUGGAGAAGAUUGGCUGUGGGGAGUAUGGUGCCGUCUUCAAGUGUGUGAAAAGACUGGAUGGCUGCAUCUACGCUAUCAAGUGCUCGAAGAAGCCCCUGGCAGGCUCUGUGGAUGAGCAGAACGCCCUCCGGGAGGUGUACGCCCACGCCGUGCUGGGCCAGCACCCCCACGUGGUGCGCUACUACUCGGCCUGGGCUGAGGAUGACCACAUGCUCAUCCAGAAUGAGUACUGUAACGGCGGCACCCUCUCGGACGUCACGGCCGAGAACUACCGGCGGCUCGGCUUCCUGUCAGAGCUGGAGCUGAAGGCCCUUCUGCUGCAGGUGACGCGCGGCCUCAAGUACAUCCACUUGUCCUCACUGGUCCACAUGGACAUCAAGCCUAGCAAUAUUUUUAUCUCACGCAAGAUGAUUGGCAGUGUAGACGCGUGUGACGAAGAGGAGGACGAAAAGGAUGGACUGGCCACCAGUGUGGUGUACAAAAUAGGGGACCUUGGCCACGUGACGAGGUUGAACAAUCCUCAAGUUGAGGAAGGUGACAGCAGGUUCCUGGCAAAUGAAGUCCUUCAAGAGGACUACAGUAACUUGACGAAGGCAGACAUCUUUGCCCUGGCCCUGACUGUGAUCAGUGCCUCUGGGGCAGAGCCUAUGCCCACCAAUGGGGACAAGUGGCACCAGAUUCGUCAGGGAAAACUUCCACUCAUCCCACAAGUUCUCUCUCAGCAAUUCCUGAGUCUACUCAAGCUGAUGAUCCACCCUGACCCCGCCAGGCGGCCGUCCACCUUUGACCUCAUCAAGCACCCGGUGCUGUUGACGGCAGCUAGAAUGAGUGCUGACCUGCUCCGUGUGGAACUCGAUGCAGAGAAGUUCAAGAACGCCCUGCUUCAGAAGGAGCUGAAGAAGGCCCAGAUUGCCAAAACUGCAGCUGAUGAGAAGGUUCUAUCCACGGACAGAGUCCUGACCCGCUCCACUGUCCAGUCCAACCCCCAAACCUCCAGACUCGUCGGCAAGAAGAUGAACCGCUCAAUGAGCCUGACCAUUUACUGAGACUGACUCAAACACAGAUCCCCCUGAGUGGGUAGCAAUAAUGGUGCUGGAUCAUGGACUGAAAAACAAAUAUCUUGAGUAUCCAACUACAUAUUCUGUGCGAUACAAGUGGCGUGGAUUCUACUUAAGACAGUGGUCACCAACCUUUUCUGAGUCAAAAUGCAAGCUGUGAUCUACCGCACAGAUAUCAUUUUUUUUUUUAUUAACAUGACUUUAAAAAACGUAUUAAGCCUAUGCAACAUUAACCAAUUGAAAACAGUUCUGUAGCAAUGAGGUUUGUGCAGUAGGCUAUAGGCCCAAUA